GCUUUUUUACCGUGGUUAAAGCUGUCUGUCCCAAGGCCCAAGGAUGAGUUAGAGAUCUCGAGCUGCUGCUAAGAGAUUAUAUCUCUACAGCUGCCCUUUUUGCAGUGCUUUUUCGACUGGAUACUGGGUUGCCAAUCAAGAUGCCCGGAACUCACUCUGCGCGACUUUUACGAUUUGCGGGGCUCUGAGGACGGAAGUUGAUCCUCCAAACUAUCAUGAUUGAGCCAAGGUCUGAUAUCAUUUGCGGGGGAAAUAAUUGAACAGCUCUCUCCUUGUGGUGUGUGUGUGUGUGUGUGUGUGUGUACAUGCUUGCCAUACAUCUUCAGCCGUUUACUUUUAAUUCCUUUCCUCGACAGCUAUAUCCGGCUUGCUAAGUAGCCAGGAUAAACGCCUAGAUACUCGGCAAGACAAAAUCCCUCCCACCCCAAGCCGAAAUGACUGCUUGCCCGUCCCACCGCCUGCUUGCAUACUAUGUUAUUGCAUAGAAUAUUUAAUAUUAUUAACUAUAGGUUGUUGCGUCUAGACACAUGAAUGAUGGAGGGGCUAGCGAAGGAGGGUCCGCUUGUUCCAUCCGUUUUGCUUCUCCAUCGCCCGCCAGUGCGGAGACAUGCACAUGGUUUUAAAAGAAAGCCUACGGGAGAACGGUUGUCCGCCCAAUAGCAGAGCAAUACGGAUUACGGAGUAGACGCAGAGAAACUCAAUUAUAGGGGGAUGUUAUCGCCUUGUUUCGAACUUGCGAUGGAUGGCUCUUUGAGAGAGAUGGGUGAAGGGCUGGGUUGAAUUCAAAUCAUGCCUGUUUUUAACUCUUUUUCUCCGCAUUUCUUCGCAAUCCAUCCAUCCCCCGAGCCGUUCCCGCUUGACUCGACUUUUGUGCUUGCUUUUCGUGUGUAAGUUGCCAAGAGGCUCUUCAUUUUGUUGCUGUUUGUUUGGUUUUUGGUGGCUCCCUUCCCUCCUCUCUCUCCGUAACUUGAGAGAACAAGACGCGAGGAAAGUCAGCGUGUAAAUAAUUUAUUAUUAUUCAACAACGCUGACAUCCAGUCAAUCCUUGCGACCGUUGAGACGAACCCUGAGCCUUCUGGUCUGGAUGCUGGAAAGUAUAGGUACAAGGUACAGGCACAGGUAGGGAGGCACUGAUAUACCUGUACUGACCUAAAAGGGCUCACAGCCAGAGACUCCACCGUCUCUCAAGAGCAAUCUUCUAACGUAAGGUGCUUAGUCAAACUGGGAUAGUUAUAUAUAUAUAUAUAUUCUCCUUUGCCUGUUAAGUGAAGUGUGCAUGGGUGUUGAUGAUAGACGGAAGAGCGGGAGAAAACAGGGAGCGAGCCCCUUCUGGCGGCCCAACUCCCUGCUAGCCUGACAGGAACUAAGCAAGAAUAGCUCCUCUGAAAGGGUCUGUGGACUGUAUUUCCGGCGAUAUCGAUUCCUUCAGAAACAGUUGGACCGUUUAUCUAGACGAUAUGUAGUUAUUCUCCCAACAACAAUGUCCCACUAGAAGUAGAAUCCCGUAGCUAGUUUGGCCAUGACAGCUCGCUCAAACGCGAACAGCUGCCUAAACCGUCUCUAACUCAAACUCUCUUCUCCAGCAACUCAACUCAACCUAAUAUUCUUUUGUUUUAGCCUUCGAGGGCCUUCUUUUCUGAGUUCUCCUAUCAAACACAAACUGCUUUCCAGAUCACUGCUACGGCGUUGCUUUAGCCACUUUCUGCGCCGGUUUCCAGGCCCUUUUAGCCCGCCCCCAUCCACCCUCCAGGCUCCAUCCAGUCUCCGUCCAGUCCCAUCGCCAGCUUUCUCCUUUCUCCGCACACUACAAUCCGUACAGACGAGGUAAAUAAAGGAUAGCUUGCUUUUAUUUCUACCAGACUUCCACCAAACAAAACCAACUGUCAUCUUGACUGGUCACGGACUUACGGUGGACUCUAUCCAAAACUUUCCCAAGGUUCGCUUUGCCUUGAACCCUCCCUCUCUUUGCCCCAGAGUCCCGCCACCGGGCACUUCUUCCUCCCCCCCCAAAUGCUCCCGACUCCCCUCCUCCAUCGUCAUCAAUUGUUUUGCGACCGAUAUAUCGCCCCAGCGCUGCUAGCAUUCGAUCUCGAGGAUGCAUCUCGCCUAAUGUCCGUUUAAUGGCUUGUUGGCGGCAGAUUAUACUCCUGAUACCAUAGACCUACUGUACAUCCUCCAUAUCAACACAUCCAUCCCACUGGACUUCCCGCAAGCCCACAUCGCAAUCCGUUGAUCUCCCCACCAGAAGCGGAAGCGGAAGCUUUGCUCCUCCCUCCUUGUUAUCCGACCGCUCACGACCUCCGCCUACAACACAACCUGCGCAUAGACGCAGACAUACUCAGGAACUACAAACGAAAGGAUUACGCCAAAGAGUUCACAUUGGCUGUGUUCAAGGACGCCAAAAAAAGAAGAAUAAAAAAAAAAACGGACGAAUUAAAAUACAAAAUAUAACCCUGUCACCAGUAGGAAGAACGUUGGUUUUCCAUCUCUCUCUGCGCUCAUCCUAGGCGUAAUCUCUUCCCAGUAUCGCCACUCGAACCUCGUCUGGCCACAAAUCCAGCAUAUUUACCUCCCGACGCCCUGAAGCCUGGCCGCUUCAACUUGGUUUUGACAUAUUUGUUUGGUGAGGGAAUUGAUUGAUUGAUUGAUUGCUGCAUACCUCUUCGCCGUUUUAUUUUAGUCUCUUUUUCCUUGUCCUUCCCUUAACUUUUUUUCAAUUUUUUUUUUCACUCUCUUCUCCUCCCGUGCAGUCGCCCACAAUAAUAAACGGAGCCAGAGUCAAAAAAAAAUACCCUAGAGUAAUUCAUAUAGAUUAUUGUUACGCGACUGCAUCCAAGAACCAGCCCCUCCUGCGAUACCUCUCCUUUCCUUUUUCCGCUCUCUUUCGACUGUCGCAUAGCUGAGGACUACUUUGUUUAACGAGCUCUCAUUCCCUGUGUGUUUGAUCUAUCUACUGGCCACCAGCCAUUCACCUCAUUUGUUCUCUGCGAUAACAACACUACGCGAUAAAUCAGGCGACGCUGGGCGGAUGUGCCUGCCUCUGCGCAUCUAAGGUUCUUGAUUGCGUGAUCAACGCAUUAUCACUUCAGAGUCUGCUCAGCAGCGAAAGAGCUGAGACUACAGGCUACUUAUUAGUUGACAAGUUCUGUAUAGAACAUAGGUUUGCUUCAACCGCCAGUCGAGGUCUCCAGAGAAUAACGUUCUUCCCCAUAUUCUCCGCCUGAACUUCUGCCUUGAUUCUCUGAAGUCAUCGCAACCAUGGCUUCGUCAAGCAGGAGCACGUCUAGCAAAAGUACGACCCCUGCAGCAAAAAGCCCGCAUCCCACAUACCCACCUCCUGGCAAUAACGCUUCAAUCCUGCUUGAGAAAACUCGUCCUGGCGUUCGAAGAUCAACUCCGGAUUCCGAGGCUUUGGCUUCUUCGGAGGAUGAAGAGCACCAUCAUGGCCAAACCCCAGCUGCUCCCGUAGUUAAGCCCACGCGGCGCACAUCAUGGCUCAACGACCCGAACCCGCUAGCUCGGAAAGCCUCUUUACCAACAAGCUCCUCUUUUUCAUCGGCACCUUCUAACUCUACAACCUCCGCUGCCGACCAAACCACAUGGGGAGGUGCCACUAGUCCCGGGCUUAAUGCCCCACUUAACUGGGGAUCAGCUGGGACUGGGUCCUUCGCGUGGUCGUCGAUCUGGAACCAAGAGGCCCGCAAAGACCCUCCGUCGAGAUUGACAGAAGUUCUUCAGUCACCCACUUCUAGUAUUAUGCCAUCUGCAUCAACUGCCAAUAGUGGUGAUGAUAUUCUUAGCCCACUAGCAAGAACAAUAUCUGGGGACUCCAACAUUCCAUUUUCGAUCCCUCUUCAGCCUACCCUGAAGACAUAUCGCUCCCAGUCAUAUUCUGUUGGCCAGCUAGAUACGGACCAGCAAGAGGCUUUGUCCCCUAAUAACGGCGCCGCCGGUGCCCCAGCAACACGCAGAGGGACUGCUGCGCCAUUAUCUUCAAUCCAGCGCCGCUCUUCUAGACCAAGUAUGCUUGGAGACCUAGGCCAUGACACGGCUACCCUUGGCCGUGUUCGUGAAGACGAAGGCGAUGACAACGCCGAGGGCGCUGACGGUGGAUAUAACUGGUCUUCUAUGAACCAAGCGCGUCGGAUUGAGCAACUUUCAUUGGAAAACGCCCUUUUGCGUCAAGCUGCAUCCGGACAACUUGACAAUUCUCGCUUCCGCGAUCGUGCGAUGUCUUCUACCUCUGCAACAAGUGGGUUCUCUAUCGCUCAGAGCCACAACCCGCACCGGCUCCCUGGAAGUGUUCCAGAGGAGGGCGAUUUGGCAGUCGAAGAUCUGGAUGAACUGGGAGGGAUUGCUCCUGGUUAUAACAAUGCAAGGAGCAAUGGUUGGAGAAGGCUCAGUGAACAUUCAACUAACCUUGAAAAGCAAUUCCCGGCCUUUAGUUCCUUGGAGAAUCGUACUCUUGAGAACGUUAAAAAGGCCCACUGGCAAACUUCCCUUGGCUUUGGUAGCGCACCGGAAGGACCUCAGAGUCGUCGCCAUUCUUUCGCUGAUAUCCCCAUGAGACACCGGUCUACUGGCUCCCCUGCUGAUUCCCACCCACCCGCUAUUGGCUCAGCUGCUUCGAUGGGUAACCGAGACGAUAAUUUUGCCAAUUUUGCCAAUGGAGUUAGUGUUUCUCCUGCGGAUAGUAGCCCUUCCUACUUCACUGGACACGAUAAGCCUGUCCGUGUCUCCGAUAAUAUCCCUGCCUCUGGGAUCUCUACGUCGCUCCACCAAGCAUAUGUUAUGCCCAACGCAUUUGGUCGUCAACACUCGAAUUUGGGCCACGCCCACCAGAACCAACAGCUUUUCAUUGUCACAUUCAAGUGUGGCAGGGCUGACGUUUUCUAUAUCCAGGAGGAUACUGGACUGCAGGUUAAAACUGGCGAUCUUGUAAUUGUUGAAGCAGAUCGGGGCACUGACCUUGGCACGGUUGCUCAUGCAAACGUCACCUGGGCGAGAGCUCGCGAACUGAAAGAACACUAUGCAGAGGAGCAUUACAAGUGGCUUAUGAUAUUCUCCCGCCAGAGCCAGUCUGGUCUUCCGAAUGCCGUGAAUCCAAACAGUACCUCUUCCAACUUGAAUGGAGCCCCUGGCAGUGCCGUGGGUGGUAUGGGACCACAGACCCAGCACGGAAUGCAAGAGUCUCAAGGCGGAGAUAUUAAGCCGAAGCUGAUCAAGCGGCUUGCUCAAAGCCACGAAAUCCAGACCCUCCGCGACAAGGAAGGGAGCGAAGCUAAAGCUAAGCGUGUUUGCCAGCAGAAAGUAGCCGAGCAUCGGCUAAAUAUGGAAAUCCUCGACGCUGAAUUCCAAAUGGACUGGAAGAAGCUCACCUUCUAUUAUUUCGCUGACACUUACAUCAAUUUCAACUCUCUUGUCACGGAUCUAUUUAAGAUCUACAAGACUAGAAUCUGGAUGUCAGCUAUUAACCCAGCAUCGUUUGUUACGCCUACAGCUGGACUUCAGCCCCCUAGUAGUCUAGGGUUCACUCAAGAAGGCCAUCCAGAUCGACGUCGACCCCAUGACUUCAAGCCUUUUGUCCCCAGUGCUGGUCAGGGAGUAGUGGCUUCCGCGGGAGGGUUUUCAGACGCAGCUGCCAGAGAUAUCACAGGAAGCUUCCGAAGCCAGUAUAUGGACCCUUACCAGGCAUUUGCCAGCGGCAGACAGCAUGAUCCGGGAAUGUCUGGAUUUUCACAGGGCGUGCAGCCCCAGACAGAUCCAUUUGCUUCUUUCCAGCCAUCUAGCUACGGGACGGGGGAGCCGAAUUUAUCUGACCUUCAUAACGCAGCUGGGUUGGGCCCUGCAGGCCGCCAAGCACAUCCCACCCACGGCGAAUGGGCAAACCGCUUCCAAGGUCUUUCACUCGGUUCUUGAAUAUAGUUUUUUUUGCAUACUCGGACGCUUUGUUUCUAUAUGGCAUCUUAUAUUGCAUUCGCUUUCUCUGGAAAAGGUCUCAUCCGGAUCACGGUAUCAUUCUCCAUUAAACUACAAUCCAAUCCAAUCCAAUACCCCCCAAUCGUUUCAGUCGCCAAAUCGAUUUUUAUUCUCAUUUUUCCGCUCCCGACUGGCUUGUUCUGAUUUUUAAAGCCGGAGUUAUCCGUUUUGCGUUUUGAACUCCGUACUAGAUUUUUCAUACGCCAAACCGAGAUAUCUAGGAUGAUGAUGAUUUCCUUUUUUUAUUCCCGCUUGCAGCGAAUCACUCCCAUCCCUCCCCACACAAACAUUUCUCAGGAAAGUUUGUUUCUUAAAUAGACUAACUACCCCCCGAACUCACGAAUGAUGCCUCAUCCCAUUUUGUGAUGAUUGUUGCUCCGAGAAUCGUCAUAUUUUCUUUUGCGCCGGGAGUUCCACCGCACUUCUUUGGUUUUAUGAACGAGUUGGUCAUGCUUGAUUUGACUUUGGCAAUUGUCUUUGUAGUGCUUUCUCUCUUUUUUUCAAAUUGUGAUUUUGUUUUUUUGCUUUCCUUUUUCUUUUUUGCUUCAUUUUUGUUUAUAAUUUGUCCCGUUUCUUGUUCCCACUUUCUUAGCGUUAUAAGGAAGGGCCAUAUACAGAUUUUCACGAGAGUUUACGACGAGCGGGUAAGAAGGAAGGAUGUUUAUCAGGAUACCAAAAUCGCUACUUCAAACCACCCGAAGAUUACCUACCCUCCUCCUUUGCCCCUAGUUCUCUGAACUUUUCUCAACUCGUUACCCAGCUUUGGUCUUGUUUAUAUUUUCUUUCAUUUCUAUCUACAAUUCUUUCUCUUUUCUACUUAUAGUACUUUUUUUUUUCACGCUUUCUCUCUUUUUUUACUUCCCCCUUUAUUAACGUUGAGAGACUAAAAAAGAUUUCAAAUUUUCCUUCACCCCCACCCCUUCUUUUUAUCGGAUGGGCUACAUCGAGAAAAAUACACAAGAGGAUCGGUGCGCGAGAAACGAAAGAUUAUAAGAGUGGAUAUUGGAGAAUAUUGGUACUAAUUGGGAAUUUGGGAAAUUAGUUUAUGCUGGACAGGGAGGACUUUUGAUCUGUGUUUUCUUCUUUUUAUCUAUUCAUGUAAUUUGUUUGUAUCGUCUUCUAUUCAUUUCUCUUUCUCCACGUUUGAUUCCUUUUCCCCCCUCUUUUUACCAUAUCCUCUACACACGACGUCCCCCCUGUCUCACUCGAGAUACAUGACGGUCCGGAGGACGGAGCCAUUCUGGCCCCCACUGAUGAUUCCGGUCGGCCUAACUCCACUACCCCUAUCACCUCCAAACAAGUUCCCAACCUCUGUUUCGCGGGGAUGUGCCCACUACAAAUCAAACAGCGGGCACGCACUACACUUCCCACCUACCUACUCUUUCUUCAUGUAACAACUAUAUUUGUGUUUUUUUUUUUUUUUUUUCCGUACCUGUAAAAACCUUAUGCACAAUCUCCUUUCUUCCUAUCCUCCUCUCUUCUCUACCUUUUCCAAGUUGAUAUAAAGUUUUUCUGCCAGACUUUUGCUUAUUCUAAUAUUUUCCCCCGCGUUCUGCUAUAUUCCAUAUUCUCCUCUUCUCAGUUUUGUGUUUCAUUUCCUUUUUUCCCUCGUCUACUUGAUGUCUUCGUUGCGUUAAAUAGGUUGUUGCAUUUAUUAUUGUUUUGUUGUGUUUUUAUCUGGUGCAUUCUGGAGUGAAAGAGACAAGAGAAGUUUUCUUAAGUUUAUUUUGUAUUUUGUUUUUUGCAAUCAUGUUUUCCGGAACUUGGGAAAUCGGUGCGUGUUGGGAGCUCGGAUAUAAUUUGACUGGUUCUUCGUUUACUAUAUAUUUCAGAUCGGUCACCUAACUUUCUUUCAUUAACUAGUUAUACAGAAGAAAUUUUUCCAUCUUACGAUUUCCUUUUUCCUUUCUUCUCUCUACUUCUCUUCUUGCUUUGCGAUAUAACUUGAGAAGCUCAUAUGAAUUUAAUAUUUUCUUACUUAUAUUUUCCCUUUCAAAUUGCUCAGAAACAUCGCUCAUAUAUUUCUUUCCCCCUUGUUAUAUGAAUAUUGAUGCCUUCUUACUUUUUUUCGAAUUGAUUGAUGGCGGGAGUACACGUAUCCAUGGUUGAGUAGUAAGUAUAGAGACAGAGCACAGACAGAAAAGAGAAGCCCAAGACGAAGGAAACAAAUCAAGAUUUAUUUUUAAGACUGGUGGAAAUGAAACUGUAGUAUCAGGAAUAUUAGGUAUAGGCUUAUUGAUCAAUAUAUUAGUAUUUCUUGUUCGA